GCGCGCAUGCGCAGUUCUUAUUGCAGUCAUGAGACAGACAGACGGUAAAACUGGAUAUAAUGUUCUAGUGGUCCUGUCGCGGUAAUCAUGUUUUUAUCCCUCUUUCUUGGUUUAUUGCUUAUGACAGUCUCUGAAAACAAUGCUGCUGAAAGGAUUCAAGCUUUCGUCAUUCCACACAGUCAUAUGGAUGUUGGUUGGGUGUACACAGUGCAGGAAAGUAUGCAUGCGUACGCAAGUAAUAUGUACAGUAGCGUAGUGGAGGAGCUGUCGAGAGUCAAAAGCCGCAAGUUCAUCGCAGUUGAGCAGGAGUUUUUUCGACUGUGGUGGUAUAAUGUGGCAUCAGACUGGCACAAAAAACAGGUGAAACAGCUGUUGCAGGAGGGUCGUCUGGAGUUUAUAAUUGGGGGUCAGGUGAUGCAUGAUGAGGCUGUGACAGAUGUAGAUGAUGCCAUCCUUCAACUCACAGAGGGUCAUGGCUUCCUGUAUGAGACCUUUGGUGUUCGACCACGAUUCUCUUGGCAUGUUGACCCAUUUGGUGCUUCAGCCACCACCCCGGUACUCUUUGCACUGGCAGGGUUCAAUGCUCACCUUAUUUCCCGUAUUGACUAUGACCUGAAAGAUGCUAUGCAGAAAAACAAGAAGUUGCAGUUUGUAUGGAGAGGUUCUCCUUCUUUAAAGGAAAAACAAGAGAUAUUCACACACACCAUGGACCAGUUCAGUUAUUGCACACCAUCAUACAUCCCCUUUUCUAACAGGUCUGGCUUUUACUGGAAUGGUGUGGCCUUGUUUCCAGACCCACCAAAAGAUGGCAUCUAUCCCAACAUGAGUCUGCCUGUGACCAAGGAAACUGUGGAGCUUUAUGCACAGACUAUGGUGGACAACAUCAAACAAAGAGCCCAGUGGUUCAGCACCAGUAAUGUUCUCUGGCCAUGGGGUUGUGAUAAGCAGUUCUACAAUGCUUCAGUGCAGUUCAUGAACAUGGAUGUGUUGGUUAACUAUAUUAACACAAACAGCGACAAAUACGGAGUUGCGGUUCAGUACGCAACACUAAAGGAUUAUUUCCAGGCUGUCCACCAGACUAACCUGUCCUGGGACGUUAGAGGAAGCCAAGACUUUCUCCCUUAUUCAACGGAACCAUUUCAGGCAUGGACGGGGUUUUAUGCUUCCAGGAAUGUUCUUAAAGGAAUAGCAAGAAAAGCGAGCUCUCUCCUGUACGCAGCAGAAUCUCUCUUCACUAGAUACAGUGUCAGCUACCCAGAUGGGCCAGUUCAGAGAGAGUGGGCUCUAGAAAAACUCAAGGCCCUACGUUGGGCGGUUUCAGAGGUUCAGCAUCACGAUGCCAUUACAGGCACAGAAUCCCCCAAAGUGGCUGACAUGUACAUGCAACAUCUCCUGCAAGGCAUGAUGGGAGCUGAGGAACUCUUAGCAGCCAUUUUCUUACUUCCACAGUCCAUAGAGCUCAAUAACAUCAACCGACCCCAAACCAGACCCACUGCAGAGACGAUGGACUUAGGACAAGAUCCUGAGCAGCAUAUCAUUGUGUACAACCCGCUUGCCUGGAACAUUUCAACAUAUAUUAAUGUUUCAGUGCCAUAUGCAAUGGCAGUCGUGCUUGAUGAUGAUGGAAACGCAGUACCUGCUCAGAUCCAGCAAUCGAUGGAGUCUUCCUCUGACUAUGAUCUGUUCUUUGUUGUUGAGCUGGGUGGACUUCAGUACAGGAAAUACAUUGUACAGUUCCCACAGUCCCACUGUGAACCUGGCUCUGACUGUAGGAUGACCCAUGGGGCCAGGAUAGUCAAAUUUAAGAGAAGGAACGUAAGGCAAUGGAAAAGGACAGGGAGAAAGUUGUUGCCAGUACUGAAUGAGUGCUACAAAUUGAUGUUUGACCAAGAGACAAACCUUCUGCACAGCAUCACAAAUCGGCACGAUCAGAAGAUAACUAGAGUGCAACAGGACUUCUGGGAAUAUAAGGCCAAUGGGGAUGUUAAUGUUAGGCCAAUCUCUGACAACUACAUCUUUACUGCCAACGGAUCAGCUGUACCUGCCUACAAAUCUGUGGCUAUGGAGAUUGUGCCAGGGAAAGUAGUCUCAGAGAUCCGACAGUAUUUUUACAGGGAGGAGGAAGAUAAGAACCAUACGUAUUCUGUGGUCACAAGGCUUCCUGUAGGAUUUCAGGGUAAGCUGCCAUGCCACAGACUGGAGCAGAGCUAUAAAGUGGGACCUAUAGAGGUGAACAGAGAAGCUGUGUUCAGAACCAGCACAAGUCUUCAGAAUAACAGAACACUGUUCACUGACAACAACGGCUACCAGAUGAUGAGGAGGACACAUAAGGACUUUGCCAACAACACAGUUGCUCGUAAUUACUAUCCAAUGGUGCGAGCAGCCUUUAUAGAAGAUGAUUCCAGCAGAAUUGCGUUCCUCAGUGAAAGAGCUCAUGGAGUGGCCAGUCUGAGCCAGGGUCAGCUGGAGGUGAUGCUUCAUAGGCGACUUUGGAACAACCAGGAGUGGAAUCUGGGUUAUAAUUUGACCCUAAAUGACUCCUCUGUGGUACGGCCAGUCAUCUGGAUGAUGCUGGGAUCCCCUGCUGCAAUAUCAUCCAUCUACCAGCAGGAGGCACUACAGCUACAGCAUAGACCAGUUGUUAUGCCCAUUGACAAACCUCAUAAACUUUGGAAUCAGAGAAAGGAAUCUAGUAAGCCUGUUAUUCAGCCGGUGCAAAUCCCUCAAAACCUUCACAUGCAGACCCUCAGCAUACCUGGCUGGAACUACAGUCCCAAUCACACUCAGCAGAUCCAGAAUCUUGCAUCAGAGCUGAAGUCGAAGAUGAACUUUGACAGUAUUCUGUUGAGGAUCACACAUCUAUAUGAAGAAGGAGAAGACCCAGUCCUAUCAAAGCCAACCACUAUUAACCUAAAGGAAGUUAUGCAGGGCAUAGGGGAGGUGACAGAGGUUCAGGAGCGUUCUCUUACUGGAACCUGGGAUAUAUCAGAUCUACAGAGGUGGAGCUGGAAAACCAAUAUGGGUGUAAGAAAACGAGAAGAAGAGGAAUUUUUCAGUGGCAUCACAAAGAACUUUAGUGUGACAAUUUCCCCAAAAGAGAUCCGAACCUUUUUCAUUUAUUUUAAAUAGAAAGUCUUGCAAGCAGCCUAUUGUUAUCUUCUGUGAAGAGUCUUUUCAAACAUGAUUUUUAAAAUGUCAAUAAAAAAACCCUCAAUGUUUGAUCUCAUCUUAUAAAUGUUAAAUUGCUUAAUUUAUUAUUAAAUCACUGAAGAUAAUGUUAAACAUUAUAGACAGCUAAUUUUUGAAGUAUUCAUAUUUGUGGCAUUUGCUCACUUAGGUAGAACAAAUUAACUCUGACAUCAGAAGUUCAGGUGAUUUUUUUUUUUUUUUUUAGUUCCAAAUUUAAUGGUUUUUUAAAAGAACAGCUUUA